AUGGUGGCAAAGGAUUAUCCGUUUUACUUGGUCGUCAGGAGGACAAACUGCACUUUAGAGGUGCAGACACUAAACAGUAACACAGCUAAAGAAGUUGAGGAACCUAGCAACAAACGGGUGAAACCGCUGUCCCGAGUCACGUCUUUGGCGAACUUAAUUCCACCGGUGAAGGCAGCACCACUUAAACGCAUCGGACAGACGCUGCAGCGUUCUAUAAGUUUCCGCACGGAGAGCCGACCGGAGAUCAUGCCUCCUCGACCGUGGAGCAGACAGGCACCGCCAGCCAACACCAAGCGCAGGGACAGCAAGCUGUGGAGUGAGACGUUCGACGUGCGUCUGGGCCAGAUGCUCUCCUCCAAAGAGAUCAAGAGACAGGAGGCAAUUUUUGAGCUGUCUCAGGGGGAACAGGACCUGAUUGAAGACUUGAAGCUGGCCAAGAAGGCCUACCACGAUCCCAUGCUGAAGCUGUCAAUCAUGACUGAACAUGAGCUUAAUCAGAUCUUUGGCACACUGGAUUCUCUCAUCCCCUUGCAUGAAGAUUUGCUCAGUCGCUUGCGAGAGGCAAGAAAACCCGAUGGUUCUGUAGAGCAUGUGGGCCAGAUUCUAGUCAACUGGCUUCCUUGCCUGGACUCUUACAACAGCUACUGCAGUAACCAGGUGGCAGCUAAAGCCUUACUGGACCAUAAGAAACAGGAUCACAGAGUGCACGACUUUCUGCAGCGCUGCCUGGAGUCGCCAUUUAGCCGCAAGCUAGACCUGUGGAACUUUCUGGACAUUCCUAGAAGCCGGCUUGUCAAGUACCCUCUCCUGCUACGAGAGAUUCUCAAACAUACGCCCAACGAUCACCCAGACCUCCAGCACCUUGAUGAAGCUAUCAACAUGAUCCAGAACAUUGUAGCUGACAUCAACACACAGACGGGCGAGUCAGAGUGCCGCUACUAUAAAGAGCGUCUGCUCUACCUGGACGAGAGCCAGAGAGACCUGCUGAUUGACAGCUCCCGCAUCCUCAGCUGCCACGGAGAGCUGAAGAACAACAGAGGCGCUAAACUGCAUGUUUUUCUGUUCCAAGACGUGCUGGUGAUCACUCGAGCCAUAACGCACAAUGAGCAGCUUGGGUACCAGCUGUACCGCCAGCCUAUCCCCGUACGUGAGCUAGAGUGGGAGGACCUGCAGGACGGAGAGAUUCGCCUCGGGGGCUCCAUCCGCGGAGCGUUCAGCAAUAACGAGCGAACCAAGAACUUUUUCCGGGUGACGUUUCGCAGUGGCGGGCAGCUCCAGUCACACUCGUUCCAAGCCAGCGAUGCCUUCAACAAGCAGCAGUGGCUGAACUGCAUCCGACAGGCGAAGAUGGCAGUGGGAGCUGGCAGCUUACCCAGAGACACUGAAGCCCCUCGGAGCCCUCGCGCUCUCUUAAGACCAAUAGCUCCAUCUCCACACAAGCGAGAGGAGCGCAUGGAGCCUGGGGAUGGCAACACGUCGGACUGUAGCAUGGACACGAGCGAAGCCGCCCCCGGGGUGGGCGCAGAGCCGGGUAGCGAGUGCCCCCAGAUGGAGCACACAGACUCGAGCGCUGCCCCUGUGGAGGUGUGAACUCUUAAGGAGACAAAUAUUUACCAUCUCUGCUCAUGAGCAAACCUGUACAGUGUUGUAUAACAGAGAAAGGUCCUGUUCUGAGGCAAGCUACAGCAGAUAGGAAGCACUUUUUGUUA